CUAUAAAGAUGUAUGGCAACUACGUGUGGCCAAAGAGGGUUGUACACAUGGUUGCAUGCAAAGAGAGGUGUCAACUGCCCACUCCUCUAUCACCGAUAUAUACCUCACUUCGUCUUCAUAUAUGAUGAUGUAUUCUGCUCCCGUAAAACAUAACAAUAACAAUAAUAAAUAAAACUUUUCCUAGUUCUCCGGUAUGGGUCGCCGCCAACUUCUAUACCUUCUAUGCACCUCUUCAGCCCGGCCGCCGUUUGCUGGUCCUUACUUCACUGCGCCUCCGCCGUUGCUUUUUCACAAGGGAUACAUUCAUGAAAGAAGCAACGGAAACCAUGUCGCGGAUGAAACGAUCAACCACGAGAGAGCACCGUCAACGUUAGAGGAAUUUAAAAGGUUGGAGGAAGAAAAAGAGGAAUUUAAAAGGUCGGUGGAAGAAAAAGCGAGUGAAGGAGUCGUUAGCCAGACGGUGGAGGUGGCAGAAGCGGGUUUCAUGGAAACAGCCACCGGUAACGAAAGCGUCGAGUCCGUCAAAGAGAGUUUCAAGAAGGCUUCUGGUGUCGAUAAUAAUCCGAAGACCGGAGAUUUUCAAAGCACAAAAUGAAUAAUUGUUUUUUUCUUCAUGUAUGAAGUUUGUUUAUGCUAAUCUUGGUUUACGAUGAAUGUAAAUAUUUCGGUUUCCAUCUA